AUGGAGAGGCAGUCCAAAACGGAAGGCGGAAAGGCCAGCAAAACGGACAGCUACAAAAACUACGUGGAUGAGCUGAAAGUGGUAUCUUCCAUGCUGCAAAACAAAAAUUUAGAUUCCUUUGCAUCAAAUUCUACGAUCGAUGAGAAUAAACUGAUGAAUGUAAACGAUUUGUGCAAUAUAUAUUUGGAUCGAAACACAGACAAGGGAGGUAGCAAGCGGGGGGCCGAUGCACUCAUGCAGGAGGGGACUGCGCAACCGAAAGAUUUGAGCUUCCCCGGCAUGAUGCGGAACAACCCCGUGAUGGAUUUUCUAAACACUCCCAUCGUGAAUGACAGCGGGGGAAACAGCACUAGCGGUUAUGUGAACGGAGGGGGUGGCAUCUGCGUAAGCGAAGCGAAUAAAGCAACCCUCCCGGGUGAACCCUCCCCGAGUGACCAAAUCCACGUGGAAGAGCAACCCACACAUGUGAAGGAGACGAACAAAACGAGCGCCGCUACGUCUCCACACGCAGACGAAUUUAAGCUCAUUCACAAGAGCGCACUAACUGCAAAUGAAUUUAGAGACGACAGAUGGGAAGAAUGCAACUCCUUUUUCUACAAGGAGAGUCAACAUUAUGCAAAACCAAAUGGGGAGGAGACUCACCUUGGGGAAGUCCCUAACUGCUCAUGUAAAAACGAACAAAUGUGCUUCUGCAGAGGUGGAGGUUUGCCUCUCGGAAGCGAACAGAAUGAGGUGGUCCCCCAUGAGGAGGGCCAAAACGGUUACAAUUACAGACUGAUGAGGCUUUACUUGGAGCAAAUGAUCAACGAGCCGGGGAGCAUCAAGGAGGAGGAACUCAGCUUGGAUGAUAAAGCAUUUGAUGUGAAGGGCUUUUUCAAGAGGGGUUGCCUUCCGAAGGAUAUAGCGCUGCAGGGGGGUUCUUACGGCCACGAGGCGAAGGGGAGCCCACCCGGGAAUGCACACGUGAACGGGCUCGAGAAUGCACACACGAAUGAGCACACGAAUGAGCAAACGAAUGAGCACACAAGUAACCUCGCGCAUGUGCAGGCCUACCUACAGGGAGGAGUGGAGGACCCCGAGACCCUCCCCAACGGCGGCGCCCACAAGAAGAGCCCCGCCCCCUGUGACGAAUUGAAGGACUUCGGCAGUGCUAACGGUGAAGAACCCCCACAUGAGGGGUGUAACAAGGGGGCCGAGGAGGGCGCGGAUAAUUGCAAGGAUAACUGCAUGGGUGGCUACACUGGUAACUACACGGGUAGCCACUCGGGUAGCCACUCGGACGGGAGGAACCCUCCCCCUAAUGAGCACGCAAACCAGUUGUCUCUAGAGAUGCAGAACCCGUCCAAGGAUGGCGAGCAGAACGCAGAGCAGAACGCAGAGCAGAACCCAGAGCAGAACCCAGAGCGCGUCUUUAAAAACAUUGCAAUGAAGAUUCAGCACUACUUGAAGAAUUACAGCCCGAAGAUGAUCUUCGAGGAGGGGAAGCAGCUCGGUGCGGUAGCGGGUAUGGCCACGAAUGCGGCUACCGCUAUGCCAGCCGCUGUGCCAGCCGCUAUACCAACCGCUAUUCCAACCGCUGUGCCAACCACCCAUAUGAACUUCCCCUUCGCGGGCUGCCCCCCGAAGGACAAAGCAACCCUGCAGGGGAGCAUCAAAAUAACCGUCCCGCUGUUUCUCCUCUACAUCUCCAAUGCCUAUGCCGUUGGGGACCUCUCUGGAAGGAGCAGCAACAGUGCACAUGCCAUCCGUCGGAAGAGAUUAAAAAAAAGAAUCAUCAACGAAAUCAUUUUGGGAUUUACCCACUCAGAUGCAGAUAAAUAUGUAGAGCAACUUCUGUGCAAUAUUAAAAAGUGUUUCAUUCAGGUGCUGGACUACCUGAAGGAGUAUAACCCCCAGUGGGUCUGCAGCAACAAUGGGGAUGGGUAUUUCUACCACUUCAGGAAGAUUAUGGCGAUUGACAGCUCCUAUGUGGACGUCCAUUCGAUUGUGCACCACGCGAGGGUGCUCACCAAGAUGAAGAGGAAGUGGGCCGGUGGGCUGGUCAGAGGCGCCGUGGUGAGGGGCGGCCUGGAGAGGAGCAGUCUCGACCGCAAAAUUCCCAUCCGAAGUGAAAACGGCAAAGUCAUCCCCAGUGUGAAUGCACUAGUGCCCGGUUCGGCGACCGCCAUCGAAAUGCAUGUACCGAAUGACCCUUCUAGCGGAGGCAACUCCUUCCAGGGUGCUAACCAUUGUGGGUUCGACCCAUCUGUGCCUCAGGUAGACAGGCAGCACUGCCUCGGUAGGUCCCUCAAGAGGAAGCACAGCCUCGGGGAGGAAAAAAGCGCGCACGGGUGCACCCACAAGCAGAUCAAAAGGGAUGCAGUUUCCGCGAAGGAGAAUUACACGCACGAUAAGGCGGAGGAGAACCGCGAACAGGAGAGCCGCGAACCGAAGGAACACCGCUUCGUCAGCGGCGCGGCCGGGGGGGAGGAAGCUCUCUGCAAAGAAGACCUAAUCGACGUGGAGGAUAAGAUUUACUACGCACCGAGUGACAUGCGAACGAGCAUCGAAACUGUGGUGAACGAGAGUGGGAAGCCGGGCAAGUACGACGGCACCUUCGGAUUGAGGGCUUAUAGUGAGGAGGGAGAGGAGGAUGAGGAGAAUGAGGAGCAAGAACUGCACGGUGAAAAGGUACAACCGAUGGAAGGGGUGGAGGCUUCCAUAGAGGGAGACACCCCUAAAGAGGAUUGCACUCCCCUGGAGGGAGCUCCCGCCGAUGGCACGCACGCGGGUGACCCACUGCAGGUUAGCGGCAGUCAGCAAGGGGAGAAAACGGAAAGGGAUCCGAAGGAUGAAGAGGAGCAACCCGCAAACGGGGAGGGCGACCGUGUCGGUGGCCACGGGGGGGACGAUUCAAAUGGAGAAGCCCAACAGCAGCAGCAGCGGAAGGAGUUGAUGGGGCAGACGGAGCAACCGAAGCAACCGCAACACCAGUUGACAACCCCCCCUGUUGGAAGCCAAGUGGACGGCAAAGAGGCGGAGGAGGCACCCGCUGAGCAGACCAGCAAACCGCUCAAUGAUCACCCCAGUCUGUAUGACGAAUCCGUGAUGCUUAAGGAGCAGUGCCUGAGUGCAUCCUCGAGCGACAAAUUAAAGUCAAAUGAGGGGAAGACAAGUGCAUCUGACAAGUUGGGUUCUGAGGAGCAGGGUUCUGCUUAUGCAGUUGGCCAUUUUGCGAGCGGCGCGCCGGUAAGCAGGGCGGAUGAUGCAACAGCGGGGGCAAUUGAAGUAGUCGCAGCAGUUGCCGCUAUCGAAGCUGAUACGAUUUGCGAGGCCAACCCGGGCGACCACCAACAGGGAGAGAAGGCCCACCUGGAAGCGCCUACCAAUAAUGGCUACCCGAGCAGCCACGCCGCAAACGAAGUAGACGCAGAAGGGGAGAACCGCCAUCUGAAGAACCGACUCGUUUGUAUGAACAACUCCAUAAUGCACCUAAAUAUAAAUAAAAAAAAAAAAAAAAAAAAAAAAAAAAUAAUCACCCACUAUUUGAACCAAGUAAUGAACACUCUCUUCUGUCACGACAUUUUUAAUUACGCAGUCAUCUUCACUCCAAUUUUAAAACACUUAGGAGUGCUGUCUUCCCUUAGCGCAUGCACGAUGAAUAAUAUUAUUUUGAGGCUAGAGAAUUUUAAGCUGAUCGAGGUGGACAAGGGGAAGAUUACGCACAAGGGAAGGGGCAUGUUCUUUCGUGUGAGGGAGAAGACCGACUGCUUCGCCGGUUGCUCCCCGGGCGCGGCGGCCAGUAGGAAUGCCCAGGUUGGCGGGGUGUACGUUGAUGCAGGUAUGUAUGAUAAUGGAGGUAUGUAUGGUAAUGGAGGUAUGUAUAGCAAUGGCGGCAUGUAUAGCAAUGGCGGCAUGUAUAGCAAUGGCGGCAUGUAUAGCAAUGGCGGCAUGUAUAGCAAUAGCGGCAUGUGUGCUGCUGACCGCAUGUGUGCUGGUGAGGCCUUCCCCCGAGGGAGAGAAAACAAAGUGCUUCAGUACCUUCUAGCUAUGAUGGAGAAGGGGGGCCAAGACAGAGUUCUCGUCGAGGAAAUGAUGCAAAAAUUGGGUUUCGCUCAUCCAGGGGAGGCGAAGGAGGUCGGGCCGCUUCCCUGUUCGGGGGCAGUCUGGCCCGGGGGGCACUCUCCCCCGUAUGAAGUGCGAAGUGGUCUCCACAACAGUAUGCAUAACUGCAUGGGGGGCAAUCAGGAUGACCCGACCGUACACUGUGCUCAUGGGAAAGGACAAACGGCAGACUCCUGCAGCAGUGGAGACAGCCUGUGCAAGAACAAACUGAUGGAGUUCAUCCGGGAGGUUUUGAUUCAGCACGGUGCGCAUAUAAACCAGAGCGUGGAGCUUAACUCGAAUGAUAAUGGUCUCUCGGGGGGGGAGGCGGCGAACAAUGGCAGUCGUGAAGGUGGAGCGAACGGAGACGAGGCAAGCUGUAGUGCGGCAGACAACGAGGGGGGUGGUGGAAGCGGUACCAGCGGUGGGAGCGGCGCGAACGGCGCGAAUGAGCAGCCCCCGUUUGAGGACAGUUCUGCCUCUCUACAAACAGAAACUAAGAAGCGAAGCGGACCCAAUUUUGGCGAUGAGAAGGCCCACGAUAGGAUCAACUCGGACCCAAGUGACGAGGGAAAAAACGGUCCCAACGGUAGAAGCAGUGGAAGCAGUAGAAGCCAUCUGAGCAAUCUGGGCAGUUUGGGCAACCCAAAUGGAAGCGUCCUAAACAGGGAGAACUUUUUCAAACUGCUCAAGUGGUACUGGUCCGUGAAGGUCGCUGGUGGUUGUGAUGAGCCCUUCACUUGCAAGUCGCAUGUGGGUGGACCGUCGCGGGUGUGCGAUGGGGACGGACCGGGGGGGGGCAGCAUGUUCGGCGGAGUGAGCACCUGCAACCACGCCUCGCCCAGUAGCGCCUUCGCGAAUAAUCACUUUGUUGGCAGCCCCUUUUCUGGGAAUCACUUUGCUGCUAAUCCCUUUACUGGCAGCCAUGCCGCCCCCAAUCUGGAGGGCCCCCUGAACGCUUAUGAGAAGGACGCGGGGACGAAGCUGCACCUCUGCAGUGGGGACAACAACGGGCAGGUUGACUCGGGAGGUGGAGCUGCUCCCUCGAGUGAUGCCGCCAAAGAGGCGGACGACAGCAGAGCGCCCCACUAUGGGGUACCCCCCUGCGAGGAGCACGAAAGGAGAAAGCCCUGCGGGAGCGUGCUCAACAUGUGUGCAGCCGGAAAUAACCAUCUCGGGGCAAACCUUCUCAAAGCACAGGGUGCAUUACAUCGGUGCAGUUCCUUCGACGGGGAAGAAGCCAGCAAUGCCAUCUCCACCAAUCUUAACAGAACCUGUGGGGUGAACCCACUCAAAGGGUGGAACGAUGCAAAUCAAUUGCACCACUGCCAUGAGCAUAGAACAACCGGUUGCAUCCAUGCGAACCAUUCGAAGUGUGCCCUCAUGAGUGUGGCGACCCACAUGAAUGGUUUGUUAAGCACAGAGAGAGCUCCCUGCGGAGGGGUGGCACCAUGCAUUGCUGGCAGUUGCAACGGGAGUGCCCACAACCACCACCUAUACGGGGAGAAGUCAAAACUGUCGAGCAUCCUAAACGGGAAUGAAGUGAAAAGCAAUCUGAUGAGUGACCCCCAUGCAGAUGAAUACAACGAAAAGGGAAGCAACCCAUGUGGUGGAGAGUUAGGAAAGCACUUCUUCAAUUUGAUGAAAAAUGGAGAGCUUAACUUGGAAGGUCUGCCGUAUGAGAAGUUUCUUUUUGACUCUAAGGUGCUGGAGGAGGCGAAUGGCUCCUUUCCGUUUAAGCACCCCAUGGGAGAUAGCACCAGUGAGAUGUAUGCAGGGGAGCGCCACCGGGAUGCACCACAUGGUGUGGUGAAUAACCCCUCUAACUGCUUCUGUUGUGUUAAGAACCCAGUGGGGGGAAAGAGCAACGUCAACGUUAUGGAUUUGUGCAACCAUCUGGCCCAGGAGCUGAUCAGCAAGAAUGAGGGGAAGCCGCUUAGGGAGGAGGAGAUGAGAGAAGCACCGGUGCAGGGGCAACUUCCCGGCCAACUGCAGAGACAGGAGAACCCGCUAAGCGCGAGCGGUGGCCAGUGCCCCGAUGUGAAGCUCGCGUACGACGGUUUGGUUGACGCAAACUGUGCAAACUGCGCAAAUUGUGCAAAUUGUGCAAACUGCUCUAACUGCCCCAACUGCGGAAGCGGAGCAGAGUCCACCCCCGCGAACGCCUCAGCGGGCACGCAACAGAACAGCAGGAGUAACCACCUGUGGAGGCUCUACCAGCUGUAUGGGCUCCUAGAAAAGGCGAAGAGCGGCAGUGCUGUUGAUGAUAAGAUCUGCACCGACAUGCAAAACGGAUUGAAAAAGUAUUUCGCCAAGCACGACUAUCCCCUUGGCAAAGGGGGCAAGCUUGGCAACCCCUUCUCUUGCGAUCACAUGGCAGCGGAAAACGGGUGCGAGCAGGAAGGCGCAGGUGGGAACAAAGUGCCCAGCGAAAACGGAAGGGUGUACGAGCAUGAGUGGCACCUACUAAACAGUCAACUGCACCUUUCGAGGAGGGACAACGUGCAGUUCGCGGCGCACGCGGAGGAGGACGGGGGGGGCGGUAGCGGUGGUGGUAACCCCGUUAUUGGCAACCCCAUCGGCGGAGCACCGGGAAGCCUCUUCCCCGGGGGGACGGCCGAGGAAGCAAUGUACAAAGACGCCCACGGGAGUUACAAAAACAUAUUUCUAAGUGACGAAGAGAAUCAGAGGAACGAAGCGGCCAUGCUGUUCCACGAUGGCCAUCAGCGGAUGAGCAAAACGAAUGAGCAGCGAAUGAAGAACUACCUGUCGUCCCUCUAUAACUCUAUAGUGUACAAAUCUGGGUUUUACCCGACUGAGGGGUCUAACCAUAACGGGGCUCAGAGCAGUGGCGGCAGUGGCAACGUCCGCUUCAACAGCAGCAGCCAUGUGAAUAGGUGCGCAGAUUCCAGGAGGAGUAGCAACCUGUGUGACUACCUCACCAGCUUUACAUACACAAAUCCGAAUGAAAAUUGCAGCGAUAAUGUGAGUCACGUGGACGAAUUGGGUAAGUUCCUCCUGGUGAGAGGAGAACACAGCAACAGUAGGGAAGGCAGUGGGGGCAGACACAGCAGCGGGAGGCAUAGCAGCGGUAGGCAUAGCAGCGGUAGGCAUAGCAGUGGCAGACAUAGCAGCGGUAGGCAUAGCAGUGGCAGGCAUGCGCACCACCACCACCACCUCGGAGGAAGUGCCAACAAAGGGAGCAGCCACAGCAAGAGCUUCGCCCAUUUGUAUAAAGAUGUGGUCAGCUCGCUAGACCACGGGAAGGGAAAGCUAUGCAACAAGCAUUUGGGCAACUCCAUGGGCCUCUUUAACGGAAGGAACAACACAGACGAUAUCAUUCUGCACGGGUACCUAACCAGGAAGAGGAGAGAGGAGAUGACCGACCACAUUCAAAAAAAAAGAGCUCUCCUAAGAAAAAUAAAAAAUAGGGAAAAUAUGACCGAUGAGGAGAUAAAUACAAGUCUCAUGAAACUAUCUGCUGAUCCCACAGAAUUUAAUUUUUUAAAAAAGUUUUAUGCUCAUGGGGGGGAGAUGGAAGACCCGGAGGAUGACGACGCGGUGGAUGAUGAGGUGGACGAGGACCACGUUGAUGGGAGUCACCGCGGGGAUGACCUGGACGAUCGAGACCACGACCCGAGUGGGAAGAAGAAGAUGCACAUGAAGGGUGUGUACCUCGGCGGGAGGGCAGCUACAUCCGCAGCCGCUUCCGCAGCCGCAUCCGCAGGAAGUAUGGCAAAACCGGGCAGACACAUGAAGGGAGGAGGAGCCAACCAGGAAGACGAAGAAAACGUUAGCAGCGUAAAUUCGACCAAACUAGGAAUGAAAGACGAACGAGGGAAGAACGUGAAUUUCUUUCUUAACAAUUGCACCGUAGAGUAUGGGCGUGGAAGAAGGAACAAAGUAGUCAAUCAGAAUUACACAAAGAAUUAUGAGCUAGAAUCUAGGUAUUAUGGUAGGAGGGAAUCGUCCACUGCUGGUGGGGGAGCAGCCGCAGGGAUGAAUGGCAGUGGUAGUGGCAGCGGUAGUGGCAGCGGCAGCAGCAGUAACAAUGCUGUGGGUGGUGGUGGGCAUGGAGGCACCAAUGGAAAGGCACCUCCCAUGAGUGGGGAUCAUCGGGGUGGAAAAAUCAACGGAGUGUGCUACAUAGGCAAUGGUAGAAGCCACAGCAAAGAUAAAGCAAAACUGCAUAUGGAGACUACCCCCGUUGGAAGAGGGAACAAUGCAGGGGGAAAAGGAGGAGUAGGCUCCAGGAGAAUCAACACAAAAGUGAGGAACAACGCAGUCGUAGAUUCAAAUGAAAAUUACGAAUUCAAAAUGACCUCAUCUGAGCUCAAACCACAGAGAGGAGUCUACUUCGAUCGAUCGCAAAAGGCAUGGAUAGGCAGUUGGUAUGAGGAAGGCAAGCAAAUUAAAAGGAGGUUCAAAAUUAAGUACUACGGCUGGGAUGAGGCUCGUAAUUUAGCCACGAAGGCCAGAUUUGCCUUUGAAAAUAGGACCAAGCAUAUGAAGGGCGCCGGCAAAAAGGGGGCCUCUGCUGCUGCUGCGGCGAAUGCGGCGGCGUCCGCGAAUGGAGGUACUUCCAAUGAUGUCACUUCCAAUGGAGCGAACAACGAUGGGAGUGAGGCAGUCAAUGCGGAUGCCUCCGGGGGGUAUGCACGUGCCGGGGGGGGGAAGGAAGAAGACACGGCGAAUUUGAAUAACAACGGGAUGAAUGAAGGCGGGGCCAACCAUGGUGCCAGUGCUCACCACUUCGAAUGCGGCAGCUACGUGGAUGGGACGAACAGGCGAAUCAUUUCCAGGAGGGGUGGAGGCACCUACUUGCGGGCCACCAAUGAGGACCACGCGGUGGACUCGAGUAACGCCCCCGCUAACAAGCGAGAUGGCCGACGAGGCGGGGCCGCCAUGCACACGGGGAGUGGCAGCAACGGGAGGGCGCAUAAAAUGGGCGAGGAAAACGACCCCUCGAAUGGAAGGGCAGCACCAGGCGGAGCGGUGGCCGCGGUAGGCGCGGUAACCGCGGCAGGUGACGAGGAGGAGGACGUCCUUACCGCGGAGAGCCAGAAAAAGCUACGAAACGGUAACAACCCAGGGGGGGGGAGCAGCGCCCUUGUGCAACUGGGCGAGGGGAAGAAGAACGAAAAGGGCGUGCCCUACGCAGAUGCUAUUAAGUACACCGGCGUAGGAGAAGGAACAAGCAAGUACGAAGCGGGGGGGAGAGAAAAAUACCCCUUUGAGCAGCACCAUGUGGAUUACGAGGAGUACCACCCCGCCUAUGAUAGGAAGCGGAACCUGGGGAACCCCAAGGGGGACGUCCGCGGGGGGGCGUGCAAGAAUGAAGGAACCUACGAUGGUUACGCGGGGAAGUACGCGGGCGAGUACAAGGGGGUCGAGAUCGACCUGUUCAGCGACUGGAAUGAGUUUCACCGGGCUGGUGCCGCCGUUGGAGGGGUUAGCGGCGUGGGCGGAAGGUAUGAGAGUGGAGCCAGGGGGGACUACCCCCUCAGCGGGGUGAGCGACCUCGGGGGCAGAGGCAAGGGGAGGCACCCGUCGCAGGGCGGCGCCCUCCGGCACUACGACGAUUACUACGCGUACGCGAAGGGCGGCUACCCCGAGGGGAAGCCCGGCGCGGAGCACGCAGAGGAGGACGAAGGGGUGCCGAAGAAGAAAAAUGAAAGCGAGCAGUACGGCGGCUGCGUCGGCGGGGGCAGGCGAAAAAUUAACAGCAAUGGGAGUGGGGUAGGCGGUGGCGUGGGAGGUGGCCAUGGGAACCCCCACGAGGAGGAAGAGCAGGAGGACGACCAGGAUGAAGAAAUGAAUUACGAUUACUGCCACCAGGUGGGGACGACCAGAAGGGAGCGCCCAGACCGCUCUUCCAGGGAGACCCACCUGGGAGGAGCGGAACAGAAAGGCAGAAACGCCUAUGCCAAGUACCCAGCCGGAAAAGCAGGAGACAACGUAAUCACCUAUGCAAAAUCAAAUAAUAAAAAAUCAAAUGAAACGAAUCAAAUUGACAGUUCAGUGAUCCUCCCCCAGGGGGUAUUUUACCAGGACUCUAAGAAAGCAUUCUGUGCCAAUUGGUAUUCCAAUGGGAAACAGGAGAAACGCUAUUUUUCUAUUAACAAGUUUGGAGAGGAGAGAGCUAGAAAUCUAGCGAUCGCUGCGAGGAAAAAAUUUGAACAUGUGUAUAAGAAGAAUACCAACGUGAGUAAGAAGGACGUGCAGCAACAUGCUUGUGGUAUGUUGAAAGCGGAGAUGUCGAACGAGGUGGCUGGACUGGAGGGUAACUACCACCUGGGGGACAACUUCCACCAGAGUGGCAAGCACGGCUAUGGCAGCCACGGGGGGAAAGGGGGCCUUACGCACACGGGGGUGGCGGCAUCGUUAGCAGCACCGUUAGGGGCGGCGGGGAUGGUCGCACCGAUGACCGCUUCCAUGGCCGCUCCCAUAGGCGCGCCCGCCAUGAAUGAACUACCCCUGGGGGGCAAGAGUGGCGUAGGGCACAGCAGCAAAAGUGGCCCCCCCCACGAGAUUGCCACGGUUGAUGUUAAGAAGGCACACAUGAACAGUGGAGGAAGCAAAAAGGCAGUCGGAGGGGGCGCGCCUCCCCUCUCAGCAGCAUCCCCCACGAACAGCAACGAGGACCUGCAGUACGUGCAAAAUGGCUACGUCAAUGGGAAGAGCUACUCCAAGUGUAGGGAAAGCAACCUCUAUGGGGAGGACCACCUCCAUGGGGAGACCAUUACAGAAGGGGGGAUAUACACAAACGGCAUGCCAGUAACCUCCCCAAGUGAGAGCAUCCGAAUGAACGGCGUCAACCCGAAUGGGAGUAGCAGCCCGCCCUACACGAACAAGAGCGCCGUAAAGGAAAGCAUCAAACUUGUGAGCAGCCCAGCUGGGAGCAACAGCACCACGGAUAUGGUAAAUAAUAACUUGGGCGACUGUGUGAGCAAUGGCCGAGGGGUGGGGGGAACUAACUUCGAGGGGGAAGGCCCCCAGAACGAUGCGGAGAUGAGCCUGAGCGCGCCCUUAAGCAACACCGCCAUCGGGGGCGGCACCAAUCCAACCGAUAACGAAGGGGCCGACCAGAACGGGUUGCACAGCGGUCACAGUGGACACAGCGGGGGGGGGAUAGAAAGCGGAAAUGGCAUCCCAAACGGGAGCGUCAUCCCAAACGGGGGUGGAAUGGAGAACUCCCCCCUCGGAACCAACAUGGGCGGCAGCGCCAGCCCCCCGUUCAGAAACAGCAGCAACGUUUUCAUUGGCCCAAGCGACGUGUGCAUCCCCGGCGGGGAGGAGCAAAAUGGGGGGGUAGAGAAUAACCUUUACGGGGGGCUGACCAACCAAACAAACGAGAUGCACCUCUACGCGGCAGCCAGUGAGGAGCUCAGCAAAGGGUUAACCAGCGAAGAGGCUAGUCCGCUCGGCGGGGCCCCCUUCGACCCGAAUGCCAAGGAGUGCUCCACCCCGGAUUACUACAGUGGCAGCAAGCAGGGCGCGAAGGGUGCCUUCCCCAGGAGCGUCAAGAAGGAGAUGGACGAUGUGGGCAUGUACGGCAAAUUGGACAGGCUCGAAAGGGUGGAAAGGCUCGAAAAGGUGGAUCGGGUGGAUCGGAUGGACCGGGUGGACCGGCUGGAGAAGUCCAACGCCGGCACCCCCGCCACCCCCGCGGGGGUCUACAUGAUCAGGAUCAACGGCAUCGUGCAGGCGUGGCGGGCCGAGUGGAGGAGCCCCAGCGGGUGCAAGCGCACGAAGAACUUCGGCAUCAACACCUACGGCAGCAGCUUGAGCAAGAAGCUGGCCAUCGAGAUGCGGGCCAGGAUGACUGGCGAGUGCCUCGUGUCCGACGACGGCACCGUCUUCGACUACACCGGGAAGAAGCCGCCCAAGGGCGCCGCGCGCGAUUAG